AUGGCCUCCGCGGAUGUCGGGUCAAGAUUGCUCCCUUUGGCACAGCCAUCACCCCAUUCGGGCCAUGGUCUCAAGCAGUUCUGCAGAAACAACGACAUCUCGGCCGUCUCGAACAGCUCCUGCUCGUAUCAUAUCAGCAACCCAGAUCUGGUUCUUGCAAAGGACACCUCCGCUGGCUCCAAGGACAGGCCAUCGCCAUCAUCGGAGAGAAUCGAGGAUGAGUGUGCUUUGGAUCAUACUUCCACAAGAGCUGUCGAGGAUAUCGUCUUGCCAAAGCCCCUGUCAGAGAAUGCAGAUUACGGCUCUCACACUAGCACGCGGGCCAACCCCGACGGCGGCCAACUGAUAUUGCACAAACAUGCCCUGCGUCGUCAGGAGAUGCAACAUGGUGAAGGGGACCGCCCCUCCUGCAUUCCCAUAGCCGAAGGUAGUUUUUCUCCAACACUUGACAAGCCCACUCACAACCGGCGGUCCUCCUCAGAUUCGUCCUUCGCCUUCGUGACGGCAACCAAAAGCGCCAGUAUGUCUCUGGGCAAUGUGAGCAUGUUGACUCGCUCGAGGAGGGACAUAUAUCGGUUAUCUCGUGUCCGUUCGAGGACGGAUCGCAGCAGCAGAGCUUCCGUCAGUGGCCCACGGAUCUCUCUGGAUAGUUCUUGUUUGGAACCGCAACCUGCCAUAGAUCCUGCUACUAGGGAACGGUCCUUGCAGAGGCGCCGUAUACUGGAGGAAUUGAUUAGCACUGAGGAGAACUACAUCGGCGAUGUACGGUUCUUAAUGAAUGUCUACGUCACGAUCCUUGCUUCGCUACCAGCUAACCCCCCGGGACUGCGAUUGUCCGUUAACCAGAACCUCAACGACAUUGUGCAGCUUCACGAGGAGAUUCUUGGAGAGCUCCACCAUGCUGUGCCUUACUCGGAAUACACUCAGCCAGGUGUCCCCUUGCAAAACGCCGAAUCGAGCGCGUCUGCACGCGAACUUCACCGUUGGAGAUCUCCAGGUGUCCUUGCGGAGGCCAAAAAUGGCACUUCACGAAUGGAAGAGGUUACUGGCAUGCUGGCUGAACCCCAUACCGCCGCUGAAGUCGCGAGGAUCUUCUCGAAGAAGAUGCACCGAUUCUUCAUCUACGAAGAGUAUGGGGCAAAAUACAAAUUGAUGAUCAAAGAUGUUGCCUCGGCACACCGGACGAUGCCUGGUUGGCUCUCGUAUCAGAAAGGAUUGGAGCUCCUUGCUGCAUCCCUCGUCCCCGACGGCCAGGGCGACCAUUCAAGGAAGAGCCUCACAAUUGGCGACCUCCUGGUCAAGCCGAUCCAACGAGUGUGCAAAUAUCCCUUGCUCUUCUGGGAAUUAUUGAAGCACACUCCCGUGGUUGACUGCCCUUGCUCAUAUUUGGAGAUUGAAAACACGCUCAUCAGACUUCGGGAAGCCACUGCUGAAAUCAACCGUGCGACGGACGAUUCCCGAGCAAAAUCAGCCUUGGAAAGGACGUGGAUUCUCCAGGACCGGCUUGUGUUCCCAAACCAGCUAGAUGCAGCGUCAAGAAACCGUAUCAGAUCAUUUGGCCACGCACAACUCUGCGGUGCUCUCCACGCCUGCUGGCAGACCAAAGAAGGGGUGAGUGGGCAGUACAUGAUUGCCCUACUGUAUCGAGAGUGGUUUUGCCUUGCGACCGCGGGCAAGGCCGACCAUGUCUACGCGAUACAGGCUUGUAUCUUUCUGGCAAAUGCCAAGUUGGAAGAAGUAGAUAAUGGGCGAGGUCUUCAAUGCCACACAGCGCAGCAUUCAUGGAAACUGGUGUUCGUAUGCGGCCAGCAGCUGUAUGAACUAAUCCUGACAGCAUGCACCGAUAAAGAGGAACUGGAAUGGCGCACACGGCUGGAAGAUAACCAGAAAGCUGCUGUCACCAAUUGCCAGGAUCAGGCGCAGCCAGAAGUGCUCGAAAGUCUCUCGUUGAACAUCAGAGCUCUGGGUACUGUUUUUAGGAAACAAGGGACCGCUGCUAGAAAGAUAUCGAUGCAUCGAACAAUCACAGUUGGCGCCAAGUCUCCCUUAUGCCAGGUCAUUCUCAAGAACACCACCGUCAGAGAGGCGGCGGUGUCUGGCAACGGUUCUCAUAUCAACAGGUCUCAGUCAUUAUACACAACCAACAGCCGUAUACCUGUGCUGGCACCUUCCAGGGCCGAGAGGGCGCGACUGGAGGCUCUCCUGGCCGAUGUGUGGACGAGGGAUGUAUUACCCUUCCCUGGAAUGACGGUCCGAUCCAGGAGCGAGCAGCUGGUCCGAGCAUCGGCGUCUUCAGUGAUGCGAAGAUUGAGUUCGGUGAGCAUCACUGGUAGGUUUGCGAAGCGCUCGAGCAGUUUUCCGAGCCUGCUGCAACUGAAGGGCGCAGGUAGCAGCCCUGUCAGUGGUGAAGAGACAAGCCGCAGAAGUAAAGAAGAACCACGCCCGGAAACGCCCGCGUCCCAUCAACUGGGAGAGGUACGCAUGUCGCCGCUGUCUAUGAUUCCCGACGAAACGGAACGUUCCAGUCCGUCUCUGGCUCCGUCGGCGGCGUCGCCCGGGUCGGAUCCAUGCGCAAUUCCCAUCGGACUGCGAGACAUCCUCGGCUAG